AUGCAGCUUCCCUCCGAUGCUGGUUACGAGGGGGAGUUGGCGAGCAGCAUCCUUCUUGAAGAAGAUGCGCAUGCGCCUAGCAGACCAGGGCCAGGGCUCCCAGAUCCACUCAGGAACCCGCUGCUAGAGCCUUGCCCGCCGUUUUUUACCAGCGGCUUGGGAGGCUUAGAUGAAAGCAGGGGCAGAGCUCCAUACCAAAGGAUCGAGUCCGAAGCUCCCCACAGGACUCCCACAAGAACACCUUCGCCUGUUUAUCAGUAUGGUGGCGGAGUUAUUAAUAGUUUCGGAGAGCCUGAUGGCAUCGGACUCCCUCCAGCCAAGAGUGCGCCUGCACCCUUGGGCACCCCGCAGCGCAUACCAGACAGUGCAGGCAGUGCACCUGCAGCACCAGGAGCAGGAGGCCCCACCGGAUCUUCUAGCGGAUUCUCCUCGUAUGCUCCUAUGCAGACUCUGUGGCAGGGCUUGAACCAGCCCCCACCUUACUACAACAUGUUAGUCAGCCCAGCUGCACCCGGGCAACCUGCAGCGGCAGCAAGAACCACAGAAAUAUCCAGCAAGUCUGGCGCGCAAGUGCCUGUUGAUGCCAAUGUGCUGUCCAUGAUGAUGAUGGCGCAGCAACAGCAGGCCACCCAGCCUGGAGGCGCAUGCUGCGAGAUCCCUCAUGUGGUAAGAUGGUUGGCGCAAAAGUGCUUAGAUGGGAAUUUGGCCAAGCCCGAGCGGCCAGAACGGGAGUCCAAGGAGAACGUGCUUAGCCCCAGCCAAGCCCUCCCCCCUGGACCCCAGCCACCGCGACCACAAGCCGUCGACAAGAAGGCGAAAGCACGCAGAGACAAAGAACCCAAGCAUGCUCCUCAGCCCCAGCAGCAUGAACCGGGUGCCAUCGCCCCUGGGUCGGCUAGUUUGAACCGGGCAUCAGACAAAGGAGGCCCGCGCUCUGCAGCUUGCAUCAGCUUGCAGCUCUUGGAAGUGGAAAGGGUGACAGACGGAGACGGAGUGCUGGGCAAGUCGAGGCAAGGCACCCCGAGCGCUGCUGGGGAUGGCAUGGCUAACAAGCUACGGCCACAGGCCACCAGCCCGCUCAUCGAGCACUUGAAAGCACGAGAACGGCUGGUUGAUCUCGCGGAACUCUCUGGACAUAUCAGCGAGAUAGCCCAGGAUCAGUAUGGCUCCAGGCUGAUACAGCAGAAGCUCGAGGUGGCGAGCGACGAGCAGAAGCAAAUUGCCUUUAAGCAGGUGCUUCAAAAGAUGUCGCAGUUGACGACUGAUGUUUUCGGAAACUACGUGAUACAGAAGUUCUUUGAGUAUGGAAACUCCGAGCAGAGGCGUAUCCUCGCGGAGCAGCUGGUGGGACAAGUCCUGAAGCUUUCGCUCCAAAUGUAUGGGUGCCGGGUCGUGCAGAAGGCACUGGAUUCGGUUCCCAUCGAACAGCAAGUGCUUUUGAUUGGCGAGCUGAAGGGUCACGUCAUCAAAUGCAUUGAAGAUCAGCAUGGCAACCAUGUUAUCCAAAAAUGCAUUGAACGCCUUCCGACCGACCGGAUCGGCUUCAUUGUCGAUUCUUUUGCUGGUCAGGCUGCUCGAAUGGCCAAACACUGUUAUGGCUGCAGAGUUAUUCAGCGGCUAAUAGAAUAUUGUGCUUCGGCCCAGAUAUCUGCACUUCUCGAUGAGGUGUUGGGUUGCUGUAUGGAGCUGGCAACGGAUCAGUACGGCAACUAUGUUGUGCAACAUGUUAUGGAGCACAGCAGUCGACCUGGUGACCGGCAGCAGGUGAUGAAUAUUGUCCGCAAAAACAUUUUGUCGCUCUCUUGCCACAAGUAUGCUAGCAACGUGAUUGAGAAGGCCUUGCAGUGCGCAACGCCAGAGGAAAGAUCGCACCUCGUGGAGGCAAUAACUGGCCAGCAGGGUGAUCCGCAUCCGCCACUUCUUGUCAUGAUGCGAGACAGGUUUGGCAACUACAUCGUUCAACGGGUAAUUGCACUGGCGCAAAGUCCACAGCGUGAUUUACUGUUCUGGAAGCUUCGAGAGCACAUGCCGGUGCUCAAGAAGUCGAACACGUACGGCAAACACAUAAUCUCGGCGCUGGAACGGGCCCAGACAAGUCCAAAAGACUGA